CAGGCGCUCUCUCUCAUAAACCAUCCCCUCUAUCGUGCGAGUAUACUCGUGUGGUGAUGUAGAAUUAUAAAGAAUAUCCACACGUGUACGUUAUGCUUGCAACAAAUGACAGUUUGCUGAUGCUUUGGAAAUAACGCAUUACAGGGAAAAGGCAGACUUAGUCUGUGAUAUGAUCUUUAAAGGAGCACUAUUUUAAAAAUGGGCGCUGCACUAACUCAGAGCGUCUGCUUCUUGUCAUGCUGAGGGUGAUGCGUGACCAGGAUCUUGUUGAGAUACAGGGACUGGUUUGAUGCAUUGGUGUAGUGGGAUCAAGGAAUCAAUAAUCGACGUGAGUAUGUUGACAUUUGGCUAUGAUCUUCAACAUGAAAGAUGUACUUCCAUCAGAGACCAGCCACGAAUACACCUAUCGUCACAGAUGUAAAUAAUACGAUGGUCACAAUACCUUUAUAAUCAUACAUUGCGCCAAACCGUUGAUUUUGAUCGUAAAUGUAUAUUCAGUGUCUUUAUAACUGCAUGUAUUGAAUCAAUAUGAAACGCUCCAAGAUACGGAUUAUUAAGGUGUUAAUGCUCGGUGGGAUGUUACUAUUUUUAUACACGACCCGAUCCCUGGUCCAGAGUGUCGAUAAACAAUUGACUGUUGACCCCGGAAGGAAAUACUGGAACUGGGACAUAUACCGAAUUUGCCGAGAGGUGAGGGUAGUAUUGACAUACAUUUACAUCCUGCAAUCGAUGUUGUUGGAAUGGAUGUACCACAUGCUCCUGUGAGGGGAUUUAUGAAGGAUUCCGUCAUACAACACAAUAUAGAAUCCCUGGGAAACAUCUCUGGUGAUACACAAAUAAAUCAUGUACACACUGCGGUAAGAGACAGUCGGAAAGAUGUGCCGUUGAUUAGAGCGGAAGAGCAACUUGGACACCAGAAACAGAAAUCACACAUUGUGGAAUAUUACGUGGAGGAGUACGGAGGAGAGGACAGUAAUGUAACAUAUCCCCCGUUUGUGGAGUACAGUCCGGAGGAUGGUCCAGGUGAGUGGGGUAACAGUCACAAAUACAAACCCACGAGAGAUGAAAUAGUUCAAUUCCAAGUGGGCAAGAAGAGAAAUAGCUUCAACCAGUUGGUGAGCGACCGGAUAUCCGUGCAUCGUCGUCUACCAGAUUACAGACGUCCCCAAUGCAAGUCACGUGUGUAUCCAGAAGAUCUACCUCCAGCUAGUGCCAUCAUCUGUUUCCAUAACGAGGCUUGGUCCACUCUCCUCAGAUCCGUCCACAGUAUCCUUGACCGCUCUCCUGCACAUCUCAUAAGGAGAUAAUUCUCGUUGACGAUGCCUCCACUCAAGACCAUCUAAAGGCACCUUUGAAAAAGUACAUGUCAUCGUUGGGCAAGGUGAAGAUUGUCAGACACCGGAAGCAACAGGGCCUAAUCAGAGCGAGGCUGACCGGAUAUGAAGUGGCUGCUGGUCCAACACUUGUGUUCCUCGACUCCCAUAUAGAGUGCUUUCCAGGAUGGUUAGAGCCACUUCUGGACCGAAUUCGAGAUGAUCCAAGGAACGUUCCCUUCCCUAAAAUCGAUAUGAUCCACUCAGAAAAUUUCGGUACAGGAAUCGGAAAUACAAUACGACAGUUUGGUGUCUUUGACUGGAAGAUGCUUUUCUUUAACUGGGGCAACAUUAGCAAGGACAGAAAGGCCAAACAGAAAUCGCCUGCUGAUCCAAUAAGAUCUCCCACAAUGCCCGGUGGGUUGUUUGCUAUAGACAAGCAGUGGUUCACAACACUUGGAACGUAUGACCCGGGACUCCUGUACUGGGGCGGUGAGAACAUGGAACUGUCUUUCAAAGUAUGGAUGUGUAAUGGAACCCUGGAGAUGCUGCCCUGUUCUCACGUGGGUCACGUGUUCCGGUAUACAAAUCCGGUGAAGUGGAAGAAAGGCGGGGAUUCAAUAUUAACCAACUCCAUGAGGGUAGCGGACGUUUGGCUCGAUGAGUACAAGUACUUGUUCUAUGAACAGACUUCACUGCUGCAGGCCAGUAACUAUGGUGAUGUUAGCGACAGGAAGAAGCUCAGGGAAAGUCUCCAUUGUCACAGCUUCCGGUGGUAUAUAGAGAAUGUUUAUCCCGAGUGUCCUAUUGUCCCGGCUUUUAAUGCGGGUGAGAUUCGCAGCGUGUCCAGUCCAGAUCUGUGUGUUGAUGCUGGAAGCAGUGUACCGAUUGUUUAUCCUUGUCACGGGACUGGGGGAAACCAGUACUGGAAGCUGCUCCCAUCAGGAGAGGUGUGGCAGUCAAACACCAGGAGCUUGUGCGUGAAAGAAGGACACUUGGCCCACACCCAGUGCUGGGGACACAAUGCCGGCAACUGGACGUAUACCGAGGAACAGAGCCUUGAAUUGAGAAGUACAGACACAUGUCUCACGCUGGCAGUGAAUUCAAGCCUCGUGAUGAAUCCAUGUAACAGAGGAGCCAACCAAAGAUGGAUAUUUGAGAAAUCUAAAUUUAAGCAGCAUAAAACAUAAAUAGUGUGUGUUCAAAAUGUUUAAAUUCUUGAGAUUUGAAUAAAGGUUUUCGUAUAUUCUCACUGGCAACUUGAGUCCUUCUUGUAACGAUGUGGAAGAAAAGCGACGAAACCCUUUCCAUUACCAUUAGUCCAUUGGAAGAUUCCCUGUGUCUGUGACGAAUGCCACUGAUAGGGCACGAUGCUCACGAUUCAUCAAUAAUGGAAAGGUCAUAAACACAGCCAUGCUUAUACUCGGUAUCGCACAAGUACCUGUUUUAUGAUUUUGGCAUCAUUGUCCUUUUGCUACCGUUGAAGCCUUUUUAUGAACACCUGGUGUCUUCAUUGACUGCUGAUGUUCACGCAUCUUUUAAUCUGUGUCGGGAGAUAAUCCAGCCCGAUUAUUUACAUUUCAAGGCUGUUGAGGUUUGUUAAUGUUGAAGAGGGCUUUGUAGCUUGUAUCUUUGUUAGACCAGAUACACACAUUGUUACGCCUCCUCCACCAAAUCUGUCGAUCUGAAAUAUGCGCUCUGUGUCAAAACGUUCAGAGCGAUGUCCGCACACACUGAUAUCCUAUCAACCCGUGAUGAUCAUGUUAUAUAGUGUUAACUACUGAGAUGCCGCUACUGGGUUACAAUUGAUCUUCAGCAUCCAAUGCUGGUCGUAAAACACGACUAACGGGAUCGGAUUGGCACGUAUUAUGGUGUCCCAAUUGUGCAGGUUGAUGAUCGUUAUGACAAUCACGGGAUUGUCUUAUCCGGACACUUUUAUUUACAGACCACCGUCACAUCGGUGGAAUAUUGUUGAGCUUACCGGUAAUCAACAAACAAAUGAACCCGGAAAUAAAUUGUAGAGGUAUGGUACCAGUCAAAAUAUGGAAUAACAUCGAACAUUAUUUGUUGCCAUCGGUUGUCAAAUUACAAAAUGUUCCUUCAGGCUUUAUUGGGGCUUUGGGUGUAAAAGCGACCAAGAGUCGUUUGGCGCUUAUUGAAAUCUUUAAAAGAGCAAAAUAUAAAGUUGUCAUGCAUGAACACCAAAAGCUUUGGGAGAGGGCUUCAUUAAGUUGGAUAUCUUGUGCCCAAUCCCUUUCUUUAAUGAAUAAAAUAUGUUUAAAUCA